UCAUUCUGCUUUGGGCGGUCGAGGUGUUCGUCUCGCAGUUUGGUCAGAAAAGUGGAAAAGCUACGGGAGCUUUGUAUUUCGCGCUGAACACGAGCAUUUACGUAUUUCGCACUCGCAGUCGCAGUCGCAAUCGCACUCGCGUAUUCGCAUAUCCGUGUUUGUUGUUUGACAGCGCGCGUGUGUGCCACUGUGUGUGUGAGUGAGUGUAGCUGUGGUGGUGUGACCGCCACACGCGCAACGAAAGCGAAAGUUUUGUUUGGCGCGCGUGUUGCCAUUGGCGUCUGCGAAUUUGCACACACACGUUCCCUUACCUAGAAUAGAUUAAAAGCGUGUGAAAACAAAUACGAAAAAAUACAGAAAAUAUACAGAAAAUAAAGAGAAAAGAUAAUGUUCAUUAUUACCAAUGAAGCUGCAUUAAAUUAAGUGUAUCUAGAGCGGAAGAAACACGACAUCAACAUCAUUCCCGCAGAGUCUGGUGUGAAUACACGCUGCCAAAUAAAAGAAGACUCAAGAAAAUGGCGCCCACCAUAUGCUCGGAGAAGAAGCAGCUGCGCGAAACGCGGCGACAUCAUGGCGUGGCCACAGCCGCCAUUUCAUCAGCAUCCACAGCCGCAUCUACCGCAUCCACCGCAUCCUCGGUCUCCUCCUCCUCCUCGUCUUCGUCCUCAUCAUCGUCCUCGUCCUCAUCCUCGUCCGUGGGCUCCUCAUCUGCAGCUGCCGCCACACAAGCCAGUUCGGUGCUUAACCAUGUGGCCAAAGGUUCGAUGAACUCGAUGAGUCGCCGUCGCCAGGCGCGAUUGCAGCGCAGGAUGCCUCACAUCCUUGCCCGCGUAUCCUCCUUCUCCACAGACACGAGCAGCGGCGUGGAAACGGAGGUGGAGAUGGACUCCGAGCAGAGGAUGCAGCUGGACGAGGAGAGCUACUCGGAUGCCAGGAUUCAGGAUCUGCAGCAACAGCCACAUUCCAGCAGCGAUAACAUCAAGACAGUAUUACAGCCGACGACGGCUAGCGGGUAUAGUAGCAAACAGAACCGAUCGGCCAGGGCCAAAAACUGUGAUCGGGAGGUGCCGCUCCAGAUGGAGGAUGAGCGCGAUGGCGACAGUGGGUACGAGUACAGUCAGGAUCCCAUUAAGGAGCAGCACUUGUACCAUCAGAAUAGCGAGGGCCUGUUGUCCAUUGCCAUCAAGACUAUCAAGCUGGUGCAACGCAACAAGCUGUUGCAAAAGCGAUUGGCCGAACUGCAGCUGGAGACCUCGGAGUUCAUUGCCUCGGUGCUGGCCAAUCCGGAAAAUCGCCAAUUCCGGGAAAAAAUGUCGCCAAAGGCCGAUGCCAAGGUCAGCAACAUGCUGCUGCGCCACUAAAUUGAUCUGGAAAAAUCAAAACAAUUUAGCCCCAUUUCUGGACGUGAUAAGAAUUUUAUUUGAAAACCUAUUUUAAGUCAUAGCGAAUUGUAUUUGAUAUAAAAUGUAUUCGCUCAGAGCGUUUGUAAUUCGUUGCUUACAGAUUUUUCGUAUACAUGUUCCGGCAACAUUUCAGGCAACAUUUAAAAACCAUUGCCAGCUUAUGGGCGGCUGAGCAUGUAAGUUACAUGGAAAAUGUAUGUAAACUCGGAAUAGCUUGAAUAUACAUAAUGUAUUAAAUUGUAAAUGCUUCUCUGCCUACCAUUUCAAAAUUCCUUGUUACCAUUUUGGCGUUUAUAUGCGUUAUGCAAACAAAAUAAAUAAAUUAUUACACUUAUACUUUAAUUUAUUAUAUUCAUAAUCGAAUAAGUUCCUUUUUAAAAUGUAUUUUCAUUUAUGACCACAAUACAUGUUUUACACGUCCAGAAAUCCCAUUUUUAGUGGGCUUAGUUUUGAACAAUUUGUACUGAUUAAAUUUACAAACAUAUUCAUCAAAGUUUAACAAUUUAAAUAUACAAAUAAUGAAGAAAUCGCUAUGCUAACAUUUACAAAAAAGAAAAUAUUUAUACGAAUCCAAAAAGUCCAAAAGUGUAUCUGUAGUCGAUAAGAAAGUUUUAUGUUUUACAGUUUCUACACUCAAGAAUUAAUUUAUAAUAAAUCUAUCUAAUACAUAUAUCUAGAAAACCCCAGCAUAAUCAAUGGAACCCUACGACGCUUUUCGCUUUUUGCAACAAAUAGAUCUAGUGAGAAUUAAUUGAUAUGCAAAGCAAUUGGUUUGAACAAAAAUACGUAAAUUAAUUUCGGUAUUAUUAAAUUAACCGAUAUAAUUCAAUGAAUAUGCCUAAGUAUAUCGAAACUAUCAAAACGCUACAAAGCAACACAAAUCAAAGCAAAACCAAAAUACCAACUAAAAGCAAAUCUUUCCAAUUCUAAAACUUUUAAUAAACCUCUCUGGCAUAUUCCACCUACUUAAAGGAACAAAUCAUCCAACUCACAACAAAAGAAUUCAUCAAUAAAAUUAGUGACCAAUUAAA